UUCAAUCAAGUUAUGGUGUUCAGACAGUAAAUAAGUAAAUUUCUUAAUGACAAAAUUCUAAGUGAAAAAUGCAUUCUAAAGAAUCUCAUAAAAAAUCAAUUGCCUCUCGAAGCAAGUCAAUUGAAGAAUUCAUUGUAAAUGCGGGAUUAUCUGAAUCUGAAGUUAUAUCAAAACAGAAACGUAAACCACCUCAACCUGAAUCUGACAAAAUCGAUCAAGAGGAAGCAAACGCUAAUUUCAACGAAUCUGAAUCCACCACUAAUUCCGAUGAUGAAUCAAUAGUUUCGGAGUCUAACAACGAACAUACAAAUUGGUGGAAACAAUCAUUGACUACAUAUGCUUUCAAUUUACCAAUUGUUCGGGCCAACUUGGCCAGACUAGUUUAUACCGACGAAGCAAUUAUUGAUGAUCAUAAAUUUAUGAUGAACUUGCGUACCAGCGUGUGGUAUGAUUUUGAUGAAAAGCUGACUGAGAGAGUAAAGAAACGUGAGGCCAAGGAAAUCGAACGAACAAAACAACUUAUUUUAAAGUGCAAAUACAAUGCGUACAAUUGUCCGAAGAAGCUGAUACCGUUACAUAGUGAUGUUUUGGCUUUAGAUCUACCACAUGAACCAACCAAAUUAGGUAAAUCUUUGCAAACGGCUAAGUUGCCACCAUACAAUGGUCCAGUUUUCCAUAUAAAUCGAAAGUCAAACGCAACGAUACGGUCAAGACGCAAUAAGAUAAGGACAAUUCGAGGAACGAACUUUGAAAAUCUGAUGCGUCUCGUUUCUAAGGACUUGGAGCUGUCCGAAAAGUUGAAAUAUGAUGAGAACAGGGCAAUCCAACAAAAAAUCAAAACGAUUCACGACAUCGAGAUUAAGAAGAAGCACUCAAAGCACUUUUCGUUUAUUGCAAAAAUGGUGAAAAAGGUGAAGUCGAUGUUCAAACGCGAAGUCAAUGCAAAAGAAGGGGUCAAAAAGUCAAUAUGUGGCCGGCCUGUGAACUAAUGUAGAGUUGGUAAUCAAUAACGGACGACAGAAAGACCUAGGAAAAUGGAUCUGUCUGACUAUUAAAAUAUAAUGAUGCACCACACAGCCAUUUUCAUUAAGCGGUAGGUAUACCUCACCAACCGUGACUAUCCCAUAAGACUUAUGAUGGACUCCGAUUAUUCCAUUUAUUUCGAAGCGAAAUAUAACUACAUUUUCUUCUCAUGCACAGACGAUUUACUACACACAUCUAUCAUUCAACAACAAA